UUCGGCCCUAUUGACCGGUCAAGAUGUCUGACAUGGAGGAUGAUUUCAUGUGCGAUGAUGAAGAGGAUUAUGAUCUGGAAUACUCAGAGGACAGUAACUCUGAGCCAAAUGUUGACUUGGAAAAUCAGUACUAUAAUUCCAAAGCUCUAAAGGAAGAUGAUCCCAAAGCAGCUUUAAGCAGCUUUCAAAAGGUGCUGGAACUUGAGGGUGAGAAAGGAGAAUGGGGUUUCAAAGCACUAAAACAGAUGAUAAAAAUUAAUUUUAAGCUGACAAACUUCCCUGAAAUGAUGAACCGUUACAAACAACUCUUGACCUAUAUAAGAAGUGCUGUCACAAGGAACUACUCUGAGAAAUCCAUUAACUCCAUUUUAGAUUACAUCUCAACAUCAAAACAGAUGGACUUGCUUCAAGAAUUUUAUGAGACUACGCUAGACGCUUUAAAGGAUGCCAAAAACGACAGACUGUGGUUUAAAACCAACACAAAGUUGGGGAAGUUGUAUCUGGAGAGAGAGGAGUAUGGAAAACUGCAGAAAAUUCUCAGGCAGUUGCACCAGUCAUGUCAGACAGAUGAUGGGGAAGAUGACCUCAAGAAAGGCACACAGCUGUUGGAGAUUUAUGCUUUAGAAAUCCAGAUGUACACAGCCCAAAAGAACAACAAGAAACUCAAAGCCCUUUAUGAGCAGUCUUUACACAUCAAGUCAGCAAUCCCACAUCCACUCAUCAUGGGGGUCAUCAGAGAAUGCGGUGGAAAAAUGCACUUACGUGAGGGAGAGUUUGAAAAGGCGCACACAGAUUUCUUUGAGGCGUUUAAAAAUUAUGACGAAUCUGGAAGUCCUAGAAGAACUACCUGUUUAAAGUACUUGGUCCUGGCCAACAUGCUGAUGAAGUCAGGAAUAAACCCAUUUGAUUCCCAAGAGGCAAAACCCUACAAAAAUGAUCCAGAAAUUCUAGCGAUGACGAACUUGGUAAGUGCUUACCAGAACAAUGACAUCACAGAGUUUGAGAAAAUCUUGAAGACGAAUCACAGUAACAUAAUGGAUGACCCCUUCAUCAGGGAACAUAUCGAAGAGCUGUUACGAAACAUAAGGACGCAAGUGCUAAUUAAAUUAAUUAAGCCUUAUACUAGAAUACACAUACCUUUCAUCUCAAAGGAACUAAACAUUGAUGUUGUGGAUGUAGAAAGUUUGCUUGUGCAGUGUAUAUUGGACAACACGAUCAAUGGCCGGAUCGACCAGGUUAACCAGCUAUUGGAACUCGAUCACCAGAAAAGAGGAGGUGCUCGAUACACAUCAUUAGAUAAAUGGACCAAUCAGCUGAAUUCACUCAACCAGGCCAUUGUCAGUAAACUGGCUUGAUUAGCUGCUCAAGAUCCCUAAACCAGUUCAUUCUCCAGACAGCCAGAUGGAUCCGAAAGGGCUGUCAGUGACACAAACUUCCUUCAGGUCUUCUAGCCCCUAAUCGCUGAGUGACAUGAAGUGUGUGCUUAAACUGGCUAAUUUGUGUUAUGCGGCUGCAGAUACUUAAACCCCAACAGCUUUGUACAUCCCAACAAAACAGAAAUGCCCAAUGGAAAUCUACUGUUGUGAACCUAUUGAAGUCUACUGCUCUUUAGACUAUGAUGGAGUCACCUUGGAAAAUAUUUUAAUCACUUGUCUUGACAUUUGGUUAUGGCGAAAGGUAUACAUUUUACCUUUUUUUAGAGGUGUGGUAAUACUCAGUAAUAAACUGAAAAUGUUUAUCUGAUGCACUUUGUCAGAGCAUGUUUUGUUGUUUAGAGCACUCUGAAAGGUUUAGGUAGAUUCACUGCCGCAUCUGUGAACAAGGUAGUUAUUACUUAAAUUUCUUUACUUCUCACUAACAGUAUUGGGUGGUUUUAGAAGAAAAAAAACUGUGUUUUCCAGUGUGGUUGAAAGCAUGACAAUAAGUGCAAAUUGUUUUCACAGUUAUAUUGAUCUUAAAGCUACAUUGCAUUUGGUAAUUUCACACUUGAUCAUAUCACAUAUGCUCUGUAAACCUUUAUUACAUAUUUCAAAAACAAUAAUAAAGGAUGCCUUUGUUGCUUAAAAGUAA